UUGACUAUUGUACCCAAAAUGCAACGCGUAUCUUAAGCCUACUGCGCAUGCUAAUUUCCACCACCAAUUUUGUAAUAUCUACUUUCUUUUACAAACGUAAUCGUUCAGGUUGCAAUAAUGCAGCUAGAUAUGAACGGUACUUUAUCCGUCCAUGAUUUUGGCACUGCAAACCGACGUUGACAUUUUUGCAGGCGGCGAGACCAUAUCACUCAGCAACGAGGGAUUUAUUUUCCUUCGCCGCAGUAGCUAGUUAGGUGACGUUAUUCUCCACUAAUGUUGAAGCAAUGAAUUAUGUUUUAACGUUAUUUUUGUGGCAAACAACAGUUGUAAACUGUCUGUCAGUGUCAGUCUGGUGAAUGAGUUAAUGGACUGAACGGUAACGCGAAUUGGGGAGUUAACGUAGCUGUCAGCAACUUUGACUUUGUAACGCGUUAGCUAACUAGAAGCUAGCUGGCUAGUUAGCCCUGACAAGAAGACAAACAUGUGGCAAAGCGUUGGUCUAACUGUGCUGGUUAUUGUGGCCACCCUUGUGUGUGCGUUGCUCUUCAUGGUGUUUGGUUGGUAUGUUGUCUGGCAGCUCUUCCUGUCCAAGUUCAAGUUCCUGCGUGAGAUGUUGGGCGACACCGGAUCUCCACAGACAGAGACCCAGCCGUCCGAUUCAAAGAGCAAUCAUACCUCUCCUCCAACCCAACGCCAGAGGCUCAAGACUGCCCGCCAGAGGGUCGUUCCUCCUGAAAACACUACAUAGAUGACCAUACCCAUCCGCUAUCAGUCUCACCCUGUCCCCCUAUUCACCAACCCUCGUCACUCUAGGAAACUGUGGUGGACAAAAUGAAACCCCUUACCAAAUGGCGUGAUGUCGAAUGUCAUACUAUUCCCAUGUCCAUGCAUACUACUCCCCUUUCCACUACCUUAAGACGUCCUCGUCGUAGACACUUGAUUCUCUCCUGGACAAUCUUACGAGACUACGUAUAGCUGCUGAUGUUGUAAAGGCACAAGCCAUCAAAUCAUGGGACAUUCUGUGUACAACUUGUUCACGUUUCAAAUAUGUAUUUUAGCUGUUCACAGUAUAUCUACUGAGCAGCACAUCCAGUCUCUUCACUUGGCCUUAACUGACACUGCAACAUGGUCAGCUCUGACUGGCUGACACUGCAAUAUGGUCAGCUCCCACUGGCUGUCAUGCUGCUUACACCUGCACAGGGAAUCGCUGCUAACACCUGCACAGGGAAUCUGUUUCUCCAUGAUCACACAAGUGAAUUCUCUGUUCUUGACUGUAUGUGUGCGUUUUGAUAGUUUGUUUAUUUGAACAUGUUUUUGUAGCAAAGCCUAUAUUCUGACAAACCUAGACAAACUGUUGUAUAAAACAGGCUCAUUUGUUAGCAUUUGCAUUCAGAAGCAAAACAACUGCUCGAAGAAAAACGGAAUGAAACAAUUUGUAUAACUGAUAAAGUUCCUUGUCGUGUUCAUUUCACUUUAUUUGUAACCAAAGUGCAAUGAAGGAAUGUUUAUUUUUUAGGUUAUUUUAUUGUUGGUCAGAAAUGAAUACUUAUACAGUACAUUCAGAAAGUAUUCAGAUCCCUUGACUUUUUCCACAUUUUGUUAUGUUACAGCCUUAUUCUAAAAUUUAAAAAAUGUUUUACCCUCAUCAAGGGGAAACACGGAUCCCCAGAUCUGUGCCUUGACACAAUCCUGUCUCGGAGCUCUACGGACGAUUCCUUUGACCUCAUGGCUUGGUUUUUGCUCUGACAUGCACUGUCAACGGUGGGACCUUAUAUAGACAGGUGUGUGCCUUUUCAAAUCAUGUCCAAUCAAUUGAAUUUACCACAGGUGGACUUCCAAGUUGUAGAAACAUCUCAAGGAUAGUCAAUGGAAACAGGAUGCACCUGAGCUCAAUUUCCAGUCUCAUAGCGAAGGGUCUGAAUACUUAUGUAAAUAAGGUACUUCUGUUUUUUUUUUAUCAAUCUGCAAAAAUGUCUAAACAGCUUUUUUUUCUUUGUCAUUAUGGGGUAUUGUGUGUAGAUGAGGACAUUUAUUUUAUUUUAUCUAUUUUAGAAUAAGGCUGUAACAAAAUGUUAAGUCAAGUGGUCUGAGUACUUUCCUAAUGCACUGUAUAAUGGUUGUUAUGGAAUGGUGUGGUUACAAUAACACAACAAAGACGAUAUCCAGGCUCCGUAUGUACAGUUGAAGUCGGAGGUUUACAUACACCAUAACCAAAUACAUUUAAACUCAGUUUUUCACAAUUCCUGACAUUUAUCCUAGUAAAAAUCCCUGGUCGUAGGUCAGUUAGGAUCACCACUUUAUUUUAAGAAUGUGAAAUGUCAGAAUAAUAGUAGAGAGAAGGAUUUAUUUCAGCUUUUAUUUCUUUCAUCACAUUCCCAGUGGGUCAGAAGCUUAUUUACACUCGGUUCGUAUUUGGUAGCAUUGCCUUUAAAUAGUUUAACUUUUAACUCUUUAGGCGAAGAGGUGCCAAGUUUGAAGGUAGGCCUUGAAGUACAUCCACAGGUACACCUCCAAAUGAUGAAGCUUCUAACGCCAUCAGAAGCUUCUAACUCCAUGACAUCAUUUUCUGGAAUUGUCCAAGCUUUUUAAAGGCACAGUCAAUUUAGUGUAUGUAAUCUGACCCACUGGAAUUGUGAUAAUGUGAAAUAAUCUGUAAACAAUUGUGUUAAAAAUUACUUGUGUCAUUCACAAAGUAGAUGUCCUAACUGAUUUGCCAAAACUAGUUUGUUAACAAGAAUUUUGUGGAGUGGUUGAAAAAUAAGUUUAAUGACUCCAACCUAAGUGUAUGUAAACUUCUGACUUCAACAGUAUCAAGCAUCUCAGAGUAGGAGUGGUGAUCUAGGAUCAGGCUCCGCCCUGUCCAAAUAAUCUUAUUCAUUGUGAUCUAAAAGGCUAAACUGACCCAAAGUCAGCAUUCCUACUCUGAUAUGCUUGAUACAUACUGCCCCAGAACUCCCUAGGCUAUAGCUCAUUGCUCUGGCUAGCUAGCCUCCCAGAGGUGAUAGCUGGGGUGUAUUCAAUAGGGACCAAAUGGAAGCGAAAAGCUGAAUAAGGGAGAACCUAAACUUGUCCAAAAAGAAUCAUUUGUGUUUCCGUUGUAAAGUAUUUCGCUAUGGUGUGCCCUAAAGACUACACCCGAUGCUACAGGGUCGUAACUAGCUUCCGUAGUCAUAAAGAUGGCAUCCUUCUCUGUAGUUCAUUACAUUAUCUCUGAUCCAGCUAUAAGCCUGAUAUUGUAAAACAUGUUAAUUCUCUAUGUAAUGGUUUAACGUGUGAUUGUCCAAAUUUCACUUUUGUUUUGGGCUAUUGCUGUAAUUUACGUCCAGAAUAAAUAUAUUUCUUAACUCUG